AUGCAGCUUGGGAAUGACACCUCAGUGUCCCAGUUUUUCCUGGAAGGGCUGACUGACAAGGAGGAAUGGAGGCCCUUGCUCUUCAUCAUCUUUCUGCUGAUCUACCUGGUGGCAGUGGUUGGGAACUUGAGUAUUUUUGGCCUUAUUGUCAUUGACUCGCGACUCCACACUCCCAUGUACUUCUUCUUGGCCAACCUCUCAUUGCUGGACUCUGCCUACAUCUCCAAUACGGUGCCCCAGGUACUGGCACAUCUGCUGGUGUCAGUGCGGACCAUUCCCUAUAGGUCGUGCCUUACCCAGAUAUUCUUCCACCACUUUCUAGCACCUUGGGAGUGCUUCCUGCUCACAGCCAUGGCCUAUGAUCGCUAUGCAGCCAUCUGUCAGCCCCUGCACUAUCUAGUCCUCAUGGGCCGCAGAACCCGACUGGCCCUGGGCUCACUCUCCUGUCUGCUUGCCUUGGCCAAUGCCCUCACCCACACCAUCCUGGCAUCGUUCCUCAAGUUCUGCAGGUCACACUUCAUCACACACUUCUUCUGUGAUCUCCCUCCACUGCUCAAACUCUCCUGCUCCAGUACAUAUGCUAAUGAGCGUGCCUUGUUCUUCUUCAGUUUUCUGGUGGCCCUGGCACCCUGUGCUCUGGUUGUCAUCUCCUACAUUCACGUUGUGGUUGCUGUGCUCAGAAUUCGAUCUGCUGAGGGCCGAAGGAAAGCCUUUUCCACCUGCGGGGCUCACCUCACCAUGGUCUGUAUUUUCUACAUCACUUCAGUCCUCUGCUACAUUCUUCCAAGUUCUGCGUACUCCCGUGUGCGAGACCGGCUGCUGUCAGUGCUCUUCGUGGUCCUCACUCCCAUGCUCAACCCCAUCAUCUAUAGCAUGCGAAACAAAGAUGUAAAGAGGGCUUUGCUCAAGGUGCUUGGGAAAGAAAGUAUUGCUUAG